CUCGCAUGGCGCGAUCGCCCCUCGUCGUCUCCAUCUACGUGUCCCUCUCCACCACCUUUCCCUCCCUACCGCACCCACUCGAGCAGGAAGCCGUCGCCCCACCCAGAGUCCACGGAGAGCGGAGGAGGGGAAACGCGGGAGAAGUCCAGUGAAGCUCUCCAGUUGAGCUCUAAUGGCGACUUGACAGAUUUUAUGGAAGUAAGCGUUCGUUCUUUCUUUUUCAGGGUAAAGAUUCCCCCCUUUUAAUGGUCCUGUCCAAAAAGGGAGCCGACAGGGAGGAAACAAAGAGAAGUAAUCAUCUAUCACCCUUUUAGAUCGAGAUGGAAACUUUGCUGCUGCGGAUGGUUUCUCCCGCGGAUGCGCGUGUUGGACUAGGAUUCUUGGAAGCAGUUCGAGAAGGGGAUCGGUCACAGGGAAAGGUGCCUAUGUUUCCUGCAAUGAAUCAUGACGGGGAGAUCCAGAGAAGGAAUCGAAGGUGGAGCUUGCGCUCGCUCUAUGCUGAUUCCAAGUACGCCUGCGUGGGGUUUGAGCCAGAAAAGAGCUCACUUUUUCCCUGCGCUGCGAGUCUGCUGACGAGCGCCGGAGGGGAGAUCGUGGUCUCCUCGGAGCAGAAGGUCUAUGACGUAGUUCUGAAGCAGGCCGCACUGGUGAAGAGGCAGCUGAGCUUGAACAUUGCCGUCGAUGCGAAGAAGCAGGACACGCCACUUCCUGGAUCACUGGGCUUGUUGGAGGAUGCCUACGAUCGCUGUGGAGAAGUCUGCGCAGAGUAUGCCAAGACCUUUUACUUGGGGACACUGCUCAUGACUCCUGAGAGAAGAAAGGCUAUCUGGGCAAUCUAUGUGUGGUGUAGGAGGACCGAUGAGCUUGUAGAUGGUCCAAAUGCUUCACAAAUCACACCUACUGCUUUAGACCGAUGGGAAUCGAGGCUGGAGGAUGUGUUUUCAGGCCAGCCAUAUGACAUGCUCGAUGCGGCCCUUUCCGAUACCGUUAGAAAGUACCCCGUCGAUAUCCAGGCACGCAUUCAACUUUUAUUAAGGCAUUGUUUUAAUGGAGCUACUAUAUCAAAUAACCGAUGCACACAACUUGUUGUUUGUUUGGAUUUUCAGCCAUUUAGAGACAUGAUUGAAGGAAUGCGAUUGGAUUUAAAGAAAUCUAGAUAUAAAAACUUCAGCGAACUCUAUCUCUAUUGCUACUACGUCGCUGGAACUGUCGGAUUGAUGAGCGUUCCUGUGAUGGGCAUCGCACAAGAGUCGAAAGCGACAACAGAGAGUGUGUACAGUGCAGCUUUGGCUUUAGGGAUUGCAAACCAACUGACCAACAUUCUCAGGGAUGUUGGGGAAGAUGCUAGUAGAGGGAGGAUUUAUCUGCCACAGGAUGAGCUUGCUCAGGCUGGUCUUUCAGAUGAGGACAUUUUUAAUGGCAAGGUGACUGACAAAUGGAGGAGUUUCAUGAAGGACCAAAUCAAGAGGGCAAGAGUGUUCUUCCAAGAAGCUGAGAUUGGUGUAACCGAACUCAAUCAAGCUAGUCGUUGGCCGGUUUGGGCUUCUCUAGAACUGUAUAGGCGGAUCCUCGACGAAAUUGAAGCGAACGACUACAAUAACUUCACCAAGCGAGCUUAUGUUAGCAAAGCAAAGAAGUUUAUGGCCCUGCCGAUUGCGUAUGGAAGAUCUCUAGUUAGGCCAUCCUCUCUGAGGCAGUCAAACUUAGUGAAAGCAUGAAGAUAAAACAUAAGCUGGUAAAUUAGUACAUAACUAUCCUAUCGAGGAACAGGUAGAACACAUCAGUUAUACAUUGGGUUUGUAUGUUAGACAAUAACAAGUAUGGUAUUGUUGAAGUAGAACAGAUUGUUCAUUCACUAUCCUAUCUAAUUUACGAGGUGAUACUAUUUCUCGUUCAAAAUAAGAGUAACAAAGUUAAAUUCC